GUUUUGACAUUUGAGUGGGUGAAGAGGUUUGAGUUGACUACAAAACUCCCUACCUCAUCCCCCACUUGCCAUACUACACAACAAUAGGAAAGCCAACAAUUAAUCAAUAAUCACACUUCCCACUAAUUUUAAACCCUACGAUCCCAAACACAAACCAAUCAAGUAGAUGCCACGUCCCUGAUCUGCACACGUGUCUCCAUCUGAACUCCGGCUUCACGAAGUCCCCGUGCACUCACCUGCAGCUCAACCACCCCAAUUGGCCACCCUGGUCGCCCUGUUUUCCCACUAUAUUACGCUUUUUACACAUAACGGCACAAGUACGGAGAAUUUCGGUUGACGGAGCAAAGCUUCGUCUCAACCUUUCUGCGUGUACAUAUAUAGAUACAGAAUAUAUGUAUUUGUAUAUAUAUAGUGAGAGAGAGAAAAAGAGAGAGAGGUGAACAGCACAUGCAAGAAGGAGGCUUUGGAGGUUUCUGAGUGUUUCCAGUAAUGUCGACGGAGAGGUUGAUUUCCGGCGGCUAUCAGUCUGCGGUUUCGUCGUCUCAUUCGCUUCGUUACUGUGGGGAAGCUGCGGCUGCCAGGAUUUUCGAGGAGCUGCCUACGGCCACCAUCGUGUCGGUUUCGCGGCCGGAUGCGAGUGACAUCACUCCGUUGCUUUUGUCGUACACCAUUGAGCUCCAGUACAAACAGUUCAAGUGGCAUUUGUUGAAGAAGGCUUCUCAAGUUAUUUAUUUACACCUUGCCCUGAAGAAACGUGCAAUAAUUGAAGAAAUUCACGAGAAGCAAGAGCAGGUUAAGGAAUGGCUACAUAACAUCGGAUUAGGAGAUCAUGCAACAGUUGUUCAUGAUGAGGAUGAGCCUGAUGAUGGAGCUGUGCCAAUAUACCAUGAUGAUACUGUUAAAAGCAGAUAUGUCCCAUCAAGAGCUGCUUUGCCUAUCAUUCGUCCAGCUAUAGGCAAGCAGCAGCACAUUUCAGACAAAGCAAAAGCUGCCAUGCAAGGUUACCUGAAUCAUUUUCUGGGAAACUUGGAUAUUAUUAAUUCAAGAGAGGUAUGCAAGUUCUUGGAGGUGUCUAGGUUAUCAUUUUCGAAAGAGUAUGGUCCAAAGAUGAAAGAAGGUUAUGUGAUGGUUAAGCAUUUGGGAAGAUUUUCAGAGGAUAACACAUGUUCAGGAUGUUGUCUAUGUCGUUGCUCCGGUUGUUGUGGCAACAAUUGGCGAAAAGUUUGGCUCGUUCUCAAACCGGGUUUCUUGGCUUUCCUUGAUAAUCAUUUUGACACCAAACUCCUAGACAUAAUUGUCUUCGAUGUCCUACCAGCUUCAAAUGCAAAAGGAGAUGAUGAAGUGUACUUGGCCAAAGUGUUAAAGGAACGAAAUCCUUUGCGCCAUGCUUUUGAGGUUUCAUGUGGGAACAGGAACAUAAAGCUAAGGACUACGAGCCACGCCAAAGUGCAAGACUGGGUUUAUGCGAUUAAUGCAGUUGGAUCAAAGCGUUCUGAGAGUUGGUGUCAUCCUCAUCGCUUUAAUUCAUUUGCCCCUAUUAGAGGACUGGUUGAAGAUGGAAGCCUAGCUCAAUGGUUUAUAGAUGGCAAAGCAGCAUUUGAAGCAAUAGCUUUAUCAAUAGAGAGUGCAAAAUCAGAGAUAUACAUGACUGGGUGGUGGCUUUGCCCUGAGUUGUAUUUAAGACGGCCAUUUCACAAACACAGUUCCUCCAGGCUUGAUGCUUUACUUGAGGCUAAAGCUAAGGAAGGGGUUCAGAUACACAUUCUUCUUUACAAGGAAGUUUCUCUUGCUUUAAAAAUUAACAGCUUAUAUAGUAAGAGAAAGCUUCUUAACAUUCAUGAAAAUGUUAAAGUUCUGCGGUAUCCUGAUCAUUUGUCAACUGGCAUCUACUUGUGGUCUCACCAUGAGAAGCUUGUUAUUGUAGAUCAUAAGAUUUGCUUUAUUGGAGGGCUGGAUUUAUGUUUUGGCCGGUAUGACACAACUGAACACAGAGUAGGUGAUUUCCCUCCUUUCUUAUGGCCUGGAAAAGACUACUAUAAUCCAAGAGAAUCAGAACCAAAUUCUUGGGAAGACACCUUAAAAGAUGAAUUGGACCGAGAGAAGUAUCCUCGGAUGCCAUGGCACGAUGUUCAUUGUGCUGUUUGGGGCCCCCCUUGCAGGGAUAUUGCUAGACAUUUUGUUCAGCGUUGGAACCAUGCAAAGAGAAGUAAAGCACCAAAUGAACAGUCAAUACCUUUACUCAUGCCUCAGCAUCACAUGGUUUUACCACAUUACAUGGGAAGAAGCAGUGAUAUAGACAUUGAAAGGAAUACCUCCGAAGUAAAUUCUCAGGACAUCGGUAGGAAGGAUCACUUUUCACCUCAAACACCACCUGAAGACAUUCCACUGCUUUUACCUCAUGAAGCAGAUGGUCCAGAUUCUACCAUCAUGGAAAAUAAGUCAAAUGGCUUGAACUCAAACGACCAUUUUCCGGCUGAGCUGAGUGGGCAUUGUACGGGUAGUUCAUUUUCUUAUCAGGAUUCCAGAUGUCCAACUUCUGGAGACACCAGAAGUAGUUUCAGUGAUGAUGAUUAUAGUUCGGAUCCACAAAGUGCAAUGCUAAUAGGAACAGUCUCAGAGUCUGAUUUGCAAGUCAAAGAUUAUUGGUGGGAAACCCAAGAACAAAGUUUCGAGGUUAUGUCAGCCAAUGGAAUAACACAAGUUGGUCCUCGUAGUUCAUGCCACUGCCAGGUUGUCAGAAGUGUCAGCCAGUGGUCUGCUGGAACAAGCCAAACUGAAGACAGCAUUCAUAGAGCUUAUUGUGCUCUCAUUGAGAAGGCAGAGCACUUCAUUUACAUUGAGAAUCAGUUUUUCAUAUCGGGGCUCUCAGAAGAUGAUGUUAUACAAAAUCGUGUGCUUGAAUCUCUAUACAACCGCAUAAUGAGGGCACAUGAAGAGAAAAGGUGCUUCAGAGUCAUAAUUGUAAUCCCACUCUUGCCUGGUUUUCAGGGGGGUGUGGAUGACAGUGGUGCAGCUACUGUUAGAGCCAUAAUGCAUUGGCAAUAUCGAACUAUUUGCAGAGGGAAAAGUUCAAUAUUGGAGAAACUUUUCUCAAAGUUGGGUACCAGAGCACAUGAUUUCAUAUCGUUCUUUGGUUUAAGAACUUAUGGCAGACUUUUUGAUGUAGGUCCUGUGGUUACGAGUCAGGUGUAUGUUCAUAGUAAAGUGAUGAUAGUAGAUGAUCGUCGCGCUUUGAUUGGGUCAUCCAACAUAAAUGAUCGAAGUUUGCUGGGUUCAAGAGACUCAGAGAUUGCUCUCCUGAUAGAAGAUAAAGAGUUUGUUGAUUCCUCCAUGAAUGGGAAGCCAUGGGAGGCUGGAAAAUUUGCUUUGAGUCUUAGACUUUGCCUAUGGGCGGAGCACCUUGGUCUGCACACCGAAGAGGUCGCUCAAACGAAAGACCCCAUAGCUGAGACAACAUACAAGCACUUUUGGUUAGAGAUUGCUGAGUCAAAUACAAAGAUCUACCAAGAUGUCUUCUCUUGCAUCCCCAAUGACACCAUCAAAUCCAGAUCUGCACUCAGACAAAGUAUGAGUCAUUGGAAGCAGAAGCUUCGGCACACAACUAUCGACUUAGGAGUGGCUCCUAACAAAAUUGAAAUCUACCAAAACGAGGAACUCAUAGUUAUGGAGCCAAUGACGAAGCUAAAAUCAAUAAGAGGACACCUUGUUUCCUUUCCAUUGGAGUUCAUGAGCCAAGAAGAUGACCUGAGACCAAUGUUUAUUGAGGGUGAGUUUUAUGCAUCUCCUCAAGUGUUCCACUGAACAUACAAAUGAAGACGGUUUCAGUUGAUAAAAGAUAGCUUGUAUCUAUUUAUAGAAUUGUCUCUAGGAAGCCGUAUGUAAGCGAGCGGUAGGAGCUAGGGAUUUAUCAUAUUAUUGUUGCUUGGAGAGUAAACAGACAUGAAAUGUCACAAGUUACACUAUAAGUUCUCCUACAAUUAAUAGAUAAACAAGUACUGUAAAUUUGAUGAUCCAAUCAGUUUAUAUAUAAAAAUAAUUUCUAUUGCCGA